AUGAGGUACAACGUGGUAGAAGAGACGCAUGUACCAGAUGCUGAGAUAACUCCACCGACACUCGAGUCGGAGUGGAACAAGUUGCAGCAACAGCCGGUAAGUGAUAAUUUGCAGCUGUUCAAUUUGGAUACAUGUGGCCUAUUCAGCCUCGAAAGCAACAGCCAGACAGGCAAAGAGGCAACUUUCGCACCGUGGAUCGUAUCCUUUGAGAAGGUACACAAAAGAAUAGCUAACGUUAAUGAAAUAAUCAGCAGCACGGCCGUGCUUAUCAGUGAAUGGUACGCCUUGGCGGCCAAAACCAGUGUGCAGAAAAAUGUUGUUUCGCGAUAUCUCAUCCUGGGAGUAGGCUCACAUUUCGACACGUUCUUCGCGGAUAUCAAGAACAUAAUCCUUCCGCCGCCCGAUCAUCCUAGGCAGCUGUUUGCACUGAUCGAGCUGCUCGAGCCAGCUGAUCUGACGAUUCCGCACAUCAAACCGAUCUGUUUGCCCUUCUUGAGCGGACUGCAUCGCAACAAACCCGCGGAGGUGAUUUUGUCGACAAGGUUGAUAAACUCAUUCAAAAAGCUAAAGCUGACCGACUACCAACGUUGCCUGCGACGACUGCUGUACAUCGAUCAGCCGAUCACCUUCGACACCGAGCCUUCGUGUGCGGUAGAGGAUUUAGAAAAUUUUUACCAACCGUCAUUGGCUUCCGAAACGGGUAGUCCGUUCCAGGCCGCGGUAUGGUACGAAGAACGGCCGCGCUACUUUCUGUACGGUAUGCAUGUCAAUGAGUCAUCCAUUUUCUCAACCCUGCACCACGGCCCAUACCUAUUUCACAAGAUCGAGCAGGCAGAUGUUGCAUGGAUAAUGGAGAACGUACGAAACAAUGAACGUCAAUCUUCGUUUCCCAGCAAGGUACGCAAUGAAUGGGUGAAUUUGAACCCAGUUCAGCGCAAUGCAUCCAGGCGCGCUCUGCUUAAGGUUAAUGAAAGUUGCGGCGUAUCAACGAACAGAUAUCCAACGCCUUGGAUCGUAGCAUUAGUAAACAAACCAUCUUUCAGUUUCCCACUCGGAUAUGUGACCCUCAUAAGUGACCGGUUCGUUGUUGGUCCAGUAUACGGUUGUGAUGGUGAUUCUAGUGCAGUUUGCACUCUCUUUGUAAGAUUCGAUGGCCUUCCUGAGCCAUUCAUUGCAAUCGACAAGGUCUUUGUUCAUCCACGGUACGAUGCAGCCAACCAUGCUAACGACAUUACAUUAGCUCGGCUUGUCGCCGCUGUGGAUACCUCUUUACCGAACGUGCAGCCCAUCUGCUUGCCGAUCGGCGACACAACUCGCAGCUAUGAUCUAUCAAGCCUAUCAAUGGACUAUUAUGAUUCUUCGUUGUGGGGCUACAGCGUAGUCAAUGCUGGUGAUAGAUGCCUAUCUGGAUUGGAUAUUGGACACUAUGGAGCAACGGCCAGCGCUUCCUUUCGAUCUACGAGAGAAGCUUAUAUUCAGCGAUAA